CCCUUCAACCGGUGUCACCCGAAUCAUUAAAGAGACCCGAUCCAAUUCUACGUUGGACGGUUUCGAAAAGGGUUUAUUGACAGAUUAAGGAUUCGAUCACGUCUUUCAUUAAUUAGGGUCGAAAUCAAGUCUCUUGAUUUACAUGUAGAUAUAUAUUUAAUUACUUUUUUUAAAAGUUGUGUUGGCUUUAAGCGUAGUUCUUCCUGCUUUCACACUUCGUAUCCACGUGUUUAAUGUAAACUUUCACCACGCAGUUCAGAUGCCUUUAUUUAACAUUCAGCGAUAUGAUGCUAACAGUAACUCAACUGGAACAGUUUCGAAAGCCACAUAUCUUUCAAGAUUAAAACAUCUCUUGCAAGAUGCAAAUAAACGCAAAGAAGAAUUAACCUCUUCUCCGUCAGCUCAGAAAACCUCAGAAAAACCUGAGCACACUGAUGAAGUUGUUGUCCAAGGAACAGCUGAAGAUGAUGGUGGUGUUACUGUGGAAGAGAUUAAAGAAGACAAAGAACAAGAAGUACAUCGCAAGAAAAAGAAGAAACACAAAGGCAAAAACAAAACACCAGGUCCCCAGGUGAAAGAAACCGAAGUUGCCCCGACGGAAGAAACUGAAAGCAAUCAAGUAUCAACUAAACAUAAAAAACGUAAAAGAAAAGGUUCUGUAAAUGAUGAUGAUGAGGCCAAUUCUUUAGGUGGUGUUGCUAAAAAACUGAAAUUUGAUCCUGAAAGUGUAGGUAAAUAUGAGGAUGAGGUGAGCGUGAAAGUGGACACAGAGGCAGAUGUGGAUGCAAAUGGCGUGAAUGAGGACCAACAUUUGGAAGUGCCCCUUGAAAAACAGAAUGGGGAUAUUAAUGAAAGCUUUACCCAAGAAGGACCACAUGAGUUUGGGGGAUUCACCAUUCUUGGAGAAUACAAAAGACAGGAAGUACAAAAGGUGUCUCGGAAAUUACCGGAUUGGCUGGUAAAUCCAAAUUUGAUAAAAACUGAUCUCUCAGAUGAAAAAAUACACAUUUCCAAAUUUGAAGGUCUUGAUGCUAAACUAAAGAAGAAGCUUCAAGAGAAUGGAGUCAAUUAUUUCUUUCCAGUGCAAUACCAGCUUCUUCCGGUUCUACUAAAGGAUGUUCGUUUUGGUGUGAAUGUCGGCUGUGGAGGAUACCGUCCUCGGGACAUCUGUUGCUCCAGCCCGACCGGGAGUGGGAAAACAUUUGCAUUCGUCCUACCAAUUCUUCAGUCACUUAAAGAUCGAGUUGUGUGUCGCGUAAGGGCUCUUGUGGUUUUACCAGCCAGGAGUCUUGCACAACAAGUCUUCAAUGUUUUCCGAACUUACGCUGCAGAUCUAAAUCUGAAGGUUAUCUUAAUUAUGGGAGAGAACAUCUUUCAAAAAGAACAAGAAUCUCUUGUUGAGAAAAGGUCUUAUGGUUAUGAAAGUUUGGCUGACAUCGUUGUGGCAACACCUGGAAAACUAGUGGACCACAUCAAUCAAACUGAAGGAUUUGAUUUAACACACCUGAGGUUCUUGGUCAUCGAUGAAGCAGAUCGUGUCUUUGAUGUUAUCAAGUAUGAUUGGUUGACCACCUUGGAGAAAGCAGUUUACAAGAUACCAGUGUCUGACUCUGUUACCAGUUGUAGACCAAAGCCUGGUCCCAUAACAAUAAAUCAGGUUUCAAAGAUAUCCACUCCGUUCCAAAAGUUGCUGUUUUCGGCAACUCUCACAGACGAUUCAGAGAAACUGAAGAAAGUGAACCUCUUCCAGCCUCGGCUGUUUCUUGCUUCUCAAAAUAUUCUCAAGAAUUCCAAUAAAUCUGGAAGGGAAUCUACUCUACCCAACGCUGAAGAACCUGGUGAUGAUAUAAAGAACCAGAAGAAUAAUGUUAACGCAGCACAAAAUAACAGAUUUAUAAUUCCAGAAAGUCUAAAGGAGGAAUACAUGAUAUGUGAUCCAUCUUCAAAAGUUGUCGCCAUAGUUCAUCUGGUCCUCGAUCGAGGUUUUCAUAGUGUGGUUUGCUUCACCAACUCCGUUGAAUCGACUCACAGACUCUGUCUUCUCCUUAAACACAUUGACAAAUUUCCAGUUGCUGAAUUUUCUUCAAGACUCAAAGCAAAAGAAAAAGAAAGUAUUUUAGCAGCAUUUUCCAAAGGUUCCAUUAGAUUAUUGGUGUGUACAGAUACAAUGGCUCGGGGAAUGGAUCUGCUUAAUAUUGACCUUGUUGUCUCUUAUGAUUACCCAAAGUUUGUGGAGACCUACAUUCAUCGUGUUGGCCGGACAGCACGAGCUGGGCACGAAGGCACUACUGUCAGUUUGUUGGAAUUUCAGCAGGUUGUUCACUUGAAAGCAAUGCGUAAACAGUGCCAAACCAAAAAUACCCUUUCUCAAAUAAAACUCACAAAUCAAAUUAGAAAACAGUAUGUCCCUCUUCUAAGCAGUGCUGUUGAAGCUCUACCUGCAUCAUUAAAGGCUGAAAACAAGAAAAACCAACCAAAUAAGAAAACUUUACAGAAGAGCAAAACUUAAAUAAAUCGCAUCACACUGAG